UUCGCAACAAGAGAACGACAACACCACAAAAAUCAACAAAGCGGAUUUUGACCGACAGCUAAGAUGACGCUCUACUACACCUUGGUGUUUCUGCUCCUCGUGGCAGAAAUGGCCCUUUUCAUGCUCUUGAUCAUGCCAUUGCCCUUUGCGAUGCGCAGAAAGGUGUUCACUUUCAUCUCCGAGAAUCCGAUCGUGGCCAAGAUCCAAUAUUGGCUGAAGAUCACCUUUGUCUUUAUCUUGAUCCUCUUUAUCGAUAGCGUCAAUCGCGUUUAUCGAGUCCAGGUCGAGCUGGCAGCCGCUACCGAGAACACCGGCGCCUCUGCGCCCGCCAUCAUGGGCCACGAGCGCCUCGAGGUGCAAGCCCGCAAAUUCUAUUCGCAGCGCAACAUGUACCUCUGCGGCUUCACCCUCUUUCUCUCGCUGAUCCUCAACCGGACCUACAUCAUGAUCCUCGAGGUGCUGCGGCUGGAGGAGAAGCUCAAGCAGUACGAAGGCACCGACAAGAACACCAAGCAGGCCGAGAAGCUGGCCAUGGCCGGCGACCCGGGCGAGAUAUCGCGCCUCAAGCGCGAGGUCGAGCUCCGCGACCAAGACAUUGCCACCCUCAAGAAGCAGGCCGCGGGCCUCCACAAGGAGUACGACGCCCUGGCCGAAAAGUACGGGCGCACCCAGCAGGACGGAUCCUCCAAGAAGGAUAUCUAGGAUAAUCGCCUUUGGGACGGUCUCGAUGCGCUGGGGACUGCUUCGUCGGUGGAAGAAAAUGAGGGCGAUACGCCGAGGCGGCGGAGGUCGCCUUCGUUGAACAUCUGGUCGCCCUGAACUGGCUGACUGAAAGAUGCGCGGGCAAUAAACAAGCCCUAGUUACGGCCGGCAACCGAUCACUUAAGAGUUUGGGCAUGGGGGGCGGAGGUGGUCGCGGAUGCUGGGGAAGGAUAGGAGGAGGACUGAG